CAUGAUUGAAGCCCAUCGCGUCUUUUCCAAUGGAACUUUUAGAUUCGGAUGCCCCUUUUUGAUGCCCUUUUGCGGGUUGAUCCCAUCUGCACUGUUACAUGUAGAGUACCUAUGCAGCAUUGACAGCAUUGAGAAUAGGUAAUGGUACGUCAGAAUGCUGCAUGCCCCCGCAUGGACUCACUGCACUGAUUUUGAAGUGUACCAAUCAGUAGGGUGCCGUAGUAACGAUGGGCGAUCAGCCUGCUCUCUAAACUUCCUCUCAACCGAACACAUGCCUGUUCCUUGUGCAUGUUCUUAUCUCAGAACGAAGCGGAGGAGAGCUCAAGUCAAUCAGACCCGCCUCGUCUGUUACGGAGAUUCCUCGCGAAUUGCAUAACUUUGUCAGCUGUCUGAUCAGGAGCCAAAUUCCGGCCUGAGUCUAGUCAGCGUUUGGGCGCAUCAGCUCGGUCGCAGACGGACUUGACACAUGCUGUGAAGGCUUUAUAUUCGCAAGGACCAAGUUCCAGUACAUCAACGAAAGAACAGCCGCUACAUCCUCACAGCAGAAUCCCCACAUUCCCAUCUUAAUCCCCUCCCCCAAGCGCCUCUCCGAAACCUCGCCCACAAUGGCGAUCGCCGCCGCCCUCCCCUUCCUCCUGCUGGUCCUCCUGGCCCCCACCCAGGCCACCCUAAACGGCCAAUGCUCUGUGGGCUCCACUCCGGGUGUCUGCAUCGCCACCGCAGACUGCACCUCAGGGGGGGGCACAUACGCCUCGGGUUACUGCCCCAACGACCCCACCGACGUCAAGUGCUGCUAUAAGACCUCGUGCGACUCCGGCAAGGGCUCCUGCAAGUGGACCAGCUCAUGCUCCGGAACUAGCGUGGCGGGAUACUGCCCCGGCCCGACCGCGUUCCAGUGCUGCGAGGCGGGGGGAUCAUCCAACAACUACGGCACCGUCGCGAGCUACGCCGACGCGCACUGGAACUGCGCGACGGCCGCGUGCACGUCGACCAAGGAGGGGGGUCCCCUCGGGCUGGAGGACUUCCUGAAGGCGUCUGGCUGGCGCACGGUUUCCGUGACGGCCGCCAAUGUGCAGAAGGGCGCCGUCGUGUUUAUGAGGAGCUGGGGCCACGUGGUUAUCGGCGUCGGGUCCAAUCUGAUUGACUCCCACAACAACGCAAGGUACCAUGUCGACCUGAACUUCUACUCUGGGGAGGGUCUCCUGGCUAUCUAUGUCAAGUAG